UCUAUAUUCGUUCCACAAACUUCCAAUUAUGGUUGGUUAUCAAAAACGGGGAAGAGGUGCCGAUGAAGAAAGUCGGAGACAAGUUGAUCCCCAAGACCGAAGAUGAAUUUGAUGCCGAGGACAUCAAAAAGGUCGAGAAUUAUGCAAAGGCAAUAAACAUACUUUAUUUUUCCGUAAACCGUGAUGACUACCGCAAAAUCUCCUGUUGCUCAACUGCCAAGGAGAUGUGGGAUAAACUUGAGGUGACAUACGAAGGAACGGACCAAGUACGUGAAGCCAAGAUCGACUUUCUCACCCAAGAGUAUGAUAUGUUUAGGAUGAAGGAGCACGAGAAGAUUGACGACAUGUUCGACCGAUUUUCCAAGAUAGUCAACGAUCUCCAUGCAUUGAAGAAGACGUACACCGACAGAGAUCUUAAAGGCAUAGCAUUAAAAGCUGUCAAAGAAUCAACGAUGAACGAUUCAAGUGACGAUGAUGAAGUCAAGCUGGUCAUGAAGAAGUUUUGUAAACUUCUAAGGAAGAAAGAGAAGGUUGAGGAUGGUCCGGUGUGCUAUGGAUGUGGUGAAGCCGGGCACAUCAAGAACAAAUGCCCGGGAAGCGGAAGGAAUGCUCGUCACUUCAAAAAGCAAAAAGCAUAUAUCGCGUGGGGUGGCGACUCCGACGACGAGUCAACCGACCAAGAAGAGGAUGAAGCCGCGAACCUUUGUCUCAUGGCACACGAAGACCAAACCGACGAUGUACAAGAGAGAAAAGACAUAGCAUUAAGAGCCUCCAAAGAACCGACAAUGAAUGACUCAAGCAACGAAGAUGAAGUCAAGCUCAUCAUGAAGAGGGUUUGCAAACUUCUAACGAAAGAGAAGGCUGAGGAUGGCCCUGUGUGCUAUGGAUGUGGUGAAGCCGGGCACAUCAAAAGUAAAUGCCUGAGAAGCGGAAGGAAUGCUCGUCACUUCAAAAGGCAAAAAGCAUACAUCUCCUGGGGUGGCGACUCCGACGACGAGUCAACUGACCAAAACGAGGAUGAAGCUGCCAAUCUUUGUCUUAUGGCACACGAGGAAGACUCACCAACAACAUCCAACAACGAAGAUGGUAGGACAUAUAGCUCUCGUAUGCUUUACCAGACAUAGGCACUCCACCUAUAAUGAAACACACAACACUCUUGGUGCUAACAAAAAGAAAUCCUUUAGAAAAGGACAUUUGUAUAUUGCACAAAAAAACCCUACAAUUUCUUCUACUUUGACGAAAAGAGGAAAGUCCACAUUCCGUUACCGGAAUCGACACAAAUCACACCAAGAUAUCGGCACUCCGUUCAGGUAGAUUGGAACCCGCCAACCACGGGACGACGGGUUGGCCAAGGUAAACCCUAAAUAUUCAUCAAAUCGAGUGUGUGUGUGUGUGCAUGUGGAAAUAAACUUUGGGUGUGUGU